AUGAAGGCGACAUUGUUGUUCGUCUUCCUGGCCGUCGCUCUCGGCGGAGCCCGUGCAGAUGCUUCGGUCUCAGCUAGCUCGGGAAGGCAAUUACUGCAAGCGUAUACCUCCACCUUUCCGUACUUCAAAUGUGAUUCCUCGGCGGCUGGCGGUCCUUGCUUUUUGGGCUCGCCGACCACACGAAUCAUAAACGCCACCUUGUCGGAGUUCUGCUUCAAUGUGACAUGUCCAGGCUGCAAUCCGACCAAUGCCUGUUGUCAGAAGCUAUCCGGCAAAAUCCACAAGAUGAUGAUGGCCAUGAAGCCUGCCUGCGAGCCCGCCUUAAGCGCCGUAACGUAUCCCUUGUUCUUCGACGGCAAGCCGGUUACCGUCAAUGUCGACUUUGACAAGUCGGCACCGGCGAGGCGCGUGAUUGAACGCGACGGGGAGGAGAUGGAUCCCCCAGACAGACCGGCGCCCGUCUCAGGAUUGUGUUCGUACGUUUGCUUCUAUUGGCGCCGUGCUGAUGGCCCCGUGGACCGACCCGCUUGCGAUAUCUUUGCUAACCGGCUGAGGGAUUUUGCAGAUUGGGUGGAGAACAGAACAGCUUCCCUUGGCAUUAACAACAUACCAAAAUACUAUUACCUUGAAAAGUUCACAUGCAACUCCACUGCAAACAGCACGAUGAAGGCCUGUGCCAACUUUACGUUGGAUAGAAGUGCGGAUGACUUCAUAAAAGCCACAAUCAACGGCGACAACAGGACUUUCAAUGAGCCCGGUCUGAAAAUUCUGGCGAGCUCCCAGUACUUCAAUUUGAAGAGCGGCGUUCGCGCCGACGCCUCCGGCAAUCCCGUCUGCAGUCCUUCGCAGUUGAGGGUGGAGCAGUUGAAGAAGCCGAACGGAACUUUGGAGAUCUGCAACCUGGAUAACCUAACUACUCCCUGCACCCCGCGUCCGCCCACCUCAUUCCCGUACUGUAACUGCAAACAGGCCAACAUCACCAAGACGCCGUACUCGCUGUCGUACUCCAGAAUGUCCCAGGAGAUUUCGAAGGGUACGCUGAUUUCGAAUAACUACUGCUUCAAGAUUACCGCGGACCGGUCGCGCUGCGGCAACGCAACUUGCUGCGACAUGAACCUCGACAAGAUUGAAUGGCUCCUCAACUUCCCAUGCUUGCGGUCUUUCCAGACGAAAAUUACGAUUCGACUUUCCGGCAAGCAACCUCGAUAUAUCGAUCCUGUUUGGUCUUCAAGUAACGAUACCUCGUUCAAACCGUCCAAGAUGAUGGCCAUUCUCAAAACGACCCAGUUGGGGCUGGAUGCCAGCAACGCCAACGGUGCUGAGAUUUGCCUGAAGCUGCCUUACAAGGCUAACGGAAUAGAACAAGGAUUUCGUAUCAUGGUUGAAAGCAGUGAAAUGUGUAGGCAUUAGGCGUUGUCUGAGGCAGCAAUGGGAAUUUUAAAAAACGCAGGAGAACGCGGAAUUGCCUAGUGCGCAUGUGUAAUUCGUAGUUCUGAUUGGGCGAACAGCUCAGCGCCCUCUCUCUCUCUCGCUCCUUGUUUCCGAGUGUACUUGAUGGAUGAUGGGUGUUAUAUUGAGAAGAGGGUCUAUGACAGAGCGACUGUAAUUUUUAGAU